CAUUGCCACAGAUACACAGCACUGUGCUACAGGGAGAAAAGCUCCAUCGUAUAUUUCAUUAUGUUUUAGAUAACCUGGUGAAUGUUAUGAAUGGAUACUGUCUUCCAGAGCCUUACUUCAGCACCAAGUUAAAAGACUGGGUGGAGCGAUUAAUGAAGACCCUCAGGGAUCCAUCUCUUCCUUUAUUGGAACUCCAGGACAUUAUGACCAGUGUAUCUGGACGUAUUCCACCAAAUGUGGAGAAAUCAAUCAAGAAAGAAAUGGCACAGUAUGCCAGCAAUAUUACUUCUGUGUUGUGCCAGUUUCCAAGCCAACAGAUAGCAAAUAUACUGGACAGUCAUGCAGCUACAUUGAACCGUAAAUCUGAACGUGAGGUU